GUAUAAUAGUAGAGAAAUGUGGCUGUAAAAGUGUGACUGCUUCUUCUUCCCGCCUAUUUCGAAGGAAGGAAGGAAGGAGAAGCCAUGGCUGUCCUGCCUGCUUUGAAUCGUUCCUUCACCUUCCUCAAAUCAAUCUACUCACUCACUUUCACUCUCCCAAAUCUCCCCUUCCUCUGUCUCUUCAACUUGAUGAUCCUCGAAGCAUCACUGCAUUCUCCCGCUCACACUCAUCGACCAUUAUGGAGGAUUAUUUGGACAAGAAUUUCAACGUAGAUCCCAAGCGACCCUCCGAAGAAGCGCUGAAGCGAUGGAGAUCAGCUGUCUGGCUCGUCAAAAACCCCCGCCGACGCUUCCGUAUGGUCGCCGAUCUCGCCAAGCGCGCGGAGGCCGAGCGCAAACGCCGCAAAAUCCAGGAGAAGAUUAGAAUAGCUUUAUAUGUACAGAAGGCUGCAUUGCAUUUCAUCGAUGGAGUUAGUCGAGUAGAAAAGGAGAGCAUCCCGGAAGAGGUUAAGGAAUCUGGUUACAACAUAAGUCCGGACGAGCUUGCUUCCAUCGUCAGAUCACACGACAUGCAGCGCCUGGAAUCUCAUGGAGGAGCUGAGGGACUAGCAAGAAAGCUAUCAGUCUCACUUGAAAAUGGAUUGUCACAGAAUGAAAUUUCAAAGAGGCAGGAAAUCUUCGGCAAGAACCAAUUUGCAGUGAAACCACCUAGACCUUUCUGGAUGUUCGUGUGGGAUGCCCUGCAAGACUUAACUCUGAUAAUCCUGAUGGUGUGCGCCGUGAUCUCAGUAGGAGUUGGGAUCGCCACCGAGGGGUGGCCUAAGGGAAUGUAUGACGGGAUAGGGAUAAUUCUGUGCAUUUUCUUGGUGGUGGUGGUGACUGCCAUUAGUGACUACAAGCAGUCUCUGCAGUUCAGGGACCUGGACAGGGAAAAGGGGAACAUACUCAUUCAGGUCACGCGGAACAGGCGUAGGCAGAAGGUAUCCAUUUACGAACUCGUCGUGGGGGAUGUUGUCAACCUGUCUAUAGGAGAUCAAGUUCCGGCUGAUGGAAUUUUUCUGUCCGGUUAUGAUUUGUCUAUCGAUGAAUCCAGCCUGUCAGGAGAGAGCGAGCCGGUGAGCAUAGAUAAAGGGAGACCUUUUCUCUUGUCCGGGACGAAAGUACAGGAUGGAUCAGGCAGAAUGCUGGUGACUUCUGUUGGGAUGAGGACCGAGUGGGGACGGCUGAUGAUCACGCUGACUGAAGGGGGAGAAGACGAGACGCCAUUGCAAGUGAAGCUGAAUGGAGUGGCGACCAUUAUCGGGAAGAUUGGUCUAGCUUUUGCUGUCCUGACGUUUGUUGUGCUCACUAUCAGGUUUCUAGCAGAGAAGGCUGUGGCUGGUCAUAUUAAAAACUGGUCGAUAAACGAUGUGCUGAAGCUUCUGAAUUUCUUCGCCAUUGCUGUUACUAUUCUUGUCGUCGCCGUGCCUGAGGGGCUCCCAUUGGCAGUCACUCUCAGCCUUGCCUUUGCAAUGAAGAAGCUGAUGAAUGACAGGGCCCUGGUUAGGAAUCUGUCCGCCUGCGAGACUAUGGGCUCUGCAACCUGCAUUUGCACUGAUAAAACAGGGACGUUGACGACGAAUCAUAUGGUUGUGACGAAGAUUUGGUUAGACGAAGAUGAGAAAAAGGUCGAACACAACAAGCCCGGGAAUGGGAUCAGCUCUUCCAUAUCUGAGAAGCUGAAGAAACCUCUGGUACAAGCUAUAUUUCUGAAUACAGGCGCGGAAGUUGUGACUGGUAAGGAUGGGAAGAACGAGAUCCUAGGGUCGCCGACAGAGGCAGCUUUGCUUGAAUUUGGCUUGCAGCUUUAUAAAGAUUUCCAUGCACCGCGAAAAGAAUGCAAGACAAUAAACGUUGAGCCUUUCAACUCUGUCAAGAAAAAGAUGUCGGUGCUUGUGGCGCUCCCCGGUGGCAGUCGAAGAGCAUUUGUGAAAGGCGCGUCCGAGAUUGUUCUUGCAAUGUGUGACAAUGUACUAGGAAAGAAUGGGGAGUCUGCUGCCAUAUCAGAAGAUGGGAGAAAGAACAUUACAGAUGCCAUUAAUAAGUUUGCUGGUGAAGCUCUGAGAACAAUCUGCCUGGCGUAUAAGGAUACGGAGAAAAAAUCUGAAGAAUCGAUCCCUGAAGAAGGCUAUACUCUUAUAGCAGUUGUCGGGAUUAAGGAUCCUGUUCGUCCGGGCGUGAAAGAGGCUGUCCGAACUUGUUUAGAUGCUGGAAUUAUCGUUCGAAUGGUGACUGGUGACAACAUAAACACUGCCAGGGCCAUUGCUAGAGAAUGUGGCAUCUUGACUGAAGAUGGUGUCGCCAUCGAAGGCUCUGAUUUCCGCGAUAAAAGCGUGCAGGAAUUGAAUGCGAUCAUACCCAAACUUCAGGUUAUGGCGCGAUCGCUGCCUCUGGACAAACACAAGCUCGUGACGUUAUUGAGGAAAGAAUACAAAGAAGUCGUAGCUGUGACCGGAGACGGGACUAACGAUGCACCGGCUCUCCAUGAAGCUGAUAUCGGACUUGCAAUGGGUAUAGCAGGAACUGAGGUCGCUAAAGGAAGCGCGGACGUGGUGAUUAUGGAUGACAACUUCUCUACUAUAGUGAACGUAGCGAAAUGGGGGCGAUCGGUGUACAUCAACAUCCAGAAGUUUGUCCAGUUUCAGCUGACUGUAAACAUCGUAGCCCUUGUGAUAAACUUCGUUUCAGCCUGCAUCUCAGGCUCCGCCCCGCUCACUGCCGUGCAAUUGCUUUGGGUGAACAUGAUCAUGGACACUCUCGGCGCAUUAGCUCUGGCCACGGAGCCACCACACGACGGACUGAUGAAGCAACCGCCCGUGAGAAGGAACGUGCAGUUCAUCACGCAAGUCAUGUGGCGAAACAUCCUCGGCCAGAGCAUCUUCCAGCUGAUUGUGCUCGUCGUUCUCAAGUUUGAAGGGAAAUGGCUGCUGAACUUGACUGGGCCGAGCUCCGAAAUCACCCUCAACACCUUGAUAUUCAACACCUUCGUUUUCUGCCAGGUUUUCAACGAAAUCAACAGCCGCGACAUGGAGAAGAUAAACAUAUUACAGGGGAUUUUCGGGAGCUGGAUCUUCAUCAUGGUAAUGGUCAGCACCGUGGCUUUUCAGGUCGUGAUUGUCGAACUCUUGGGCAAGUUUGCAUCUACGGUUCCGUUGAGUCGCGAGCUGUGGGCGGUGAGCGUCUUGACGGGCGCCGUAAGCUUGAUCAUCGGCGUGGUGCUGAAAUGCGUCCCGGUUUCGAUGUGGAAGACUAGAACACACGAUGGCUAUGAAGCAUUGGCGAGCGGACCUGACCUUGCUUAAGUUAGAAUGAAUGAAUUUGAUUUUACCAAAAUAAAUCUGAAAUCAAAUUGGGAUUUGCAGAGGGCAGAGGACAGGGAAGGCAAUGGAGAUCGACAUGGGAAAAGCUCCUGCUGGAUAUUUCAGGUCAUUUAUUAUUCUUUCGUUAAAAUUACGAUUACGAUUACAAUUGCAAGUAUUGAAAUAAAAAGGACUAUACUUUCUAUUGAUUUGAUUUUUACUUGCAACAAAGAUGUUUUGGUUAUGGUUAUGAAAUAGAGUUUAGAACAGAUUUUGUAGUUCCAUUUGAUUUAUAUACACUACAAUUUAUUCCU